AUGAAGGCCUUCUUCACCGCCGUCUUCCUCCCCAUCGCCGCCCUCGCGGCCGCCACCCCGGCCGGCGUCGCCCCGCCAAGCGCGGCGUCUGCGCCCCGGCACCUACCAGUGCGACAACUCCCCGCCGCCGGCUGGGGCUGGGCCGUCUGCAACGCCCAGGGCGACUGGGUCCGCGGCGGCGACUGCAAGCGGGGCGAGUUCUGCAGCAUGAACCCCCUCAACGCCAGCCCGUACUGCCUGCCCGUCCCCGAGGGCGAGUGCCCCCGAGCUCUUCCGCUGCAUCGAGAACAACGGCGCCCCGGCUGGUCCAUCGACGUCUGCAACGAGGCCGGUCGCUGGGCCGAGAGGGUCCGCUGCCCCUCGGGCCAGGUCUGCCGGUACGGUGCCGUCCGCGGAUACCCUUACUGCACUGCUCCUUAA